UGGGUGUUCCAACUGGAUCCGGAGAAGAGCAAAAAUGCAAACAGCCUGGGGAGGAGAAAAGGCAGAUCCGUUUCCUCGCUCGUUCGCUUGCUCCUUCUCGCUCACUCACUCGCUCGCUGGCUCGCGGAUGUCAUUUUCUGUCUUCUUGGAGGUGGCCGGUGUCGGGCCUCCAGGCGGCACCCUGCGCGCCCUGUGCGCGCGUCCGCCGGCGUCUCCAAGAGUGGACGCUGCGCCCAGGGCGAGCUGACACGAGUCCACGGCUCUGGCAGAACAUGGAGAUGUUAUGGGCGCCACGGAGCCUGGCGGGGGAUACCAGCAGCGUGUGCGUGAUGAGUUCCACCCGUUCAUCGAGGCGCUGCUGCCGCACGUCCGCGCCUUCUCCUACACCUGGUUCAACCUGCAGGCGCGAAAGCGCAAGUACUUCAAGAAACACGAGAAGCGGAUGUCCAAGGAUGAAGAGCGCGCGGUGAAGGACGAGCUGCUGGGCGAGAAGCCCGAGAUCAAGCAGAAGUGGGCAUCCCGGCUGUUGGCCAAGCUGCGCAAGGACAUCCGGCCCGAAUUCCGCGAGGACUUCGUGCUGACCAUCACGGGCAAGAAGCCCCCCUGCUGCGUGCUCUCCAACCCCGACCAGAAGGGCAAGAUCCGGCGGAUUGACUGCCUGCGUCAGGCCGACAAGGUGUGGCGGCUGGACCUGGUCAUGGUGAUUUUGUUUAAGGGCAUCCCCCUGGAAAGUACUGACGGGGAGCGGCUCUACAAGUCGCCCCAGUGCUCGAACCCCGGCCUGUGCGUGCAGCCACAUCACAUUGGAGUCACAAUCAAAGAACUGGAUCUUUACUUGGCUUACUUUGUCCACACUCCGGAAUCCGGACAAUCAGACAGUUCCAACCAGCAAGGAGACGCGGACAUCAAACCACUGCCCAAUGGGCACUUAAGUUUCCAGGACUGCUUCGUGACUUCCGGGGUCUGGAAUGUGACAGAGCUGGUGAGAGUGUCACAGACUCCUGUUGCGACCGCAUCAGGGCCCAACUUCUCGCUGGCGGACCUGGAGAGCCCCAGCUACUACAACAUAAACCAGGUGACCCUGGGGCGGCGGUCCAUCACCUCCCCUCCUUCCACCAGCACCACCAAGCGCCCCAAGUCCAUCGAUGACAGUGAAAUGGAGAGCCCUGUCGAUGACGUGUUCUAUCCUGGGACAGGCCGCUCCCCGGCGGCUGGCAGCAGCCAGUCCAGUGGGUGGCCCAACGAUGUGGAUGCAGGCCCGGCUUCUCUUAAGAAGUCAGGAAAAUUGGAUUUCUGUGGCGCCCUCUCCUCUCAGGGCAACUCCCCGCGCAUGGCUUUCACCCACCACCCGCUGCCUGUGCUUGCUGGCGUCAGACCAGGCAGCCCCCGGGCCACGGCAUCAGCCCUACACUUCCCUUCCACGUCUAUCAUCCAGCAGUCGAGUCCGUAUUUCACGCACCCGACCAUCCGCUACCACCACCACCACGGGCAGGACUCGCUGAAGGAAUUCGUGCAGUUCGUGUGCUCGGAUGGCUCAGGCCAGACCACCGGACAGCAGCCCCAAAGGGCAGUGCCCAGGAGGGCCCCACGGCCUGACGGGGUCUCCCCCUCUCUCCCCUGCUCUCCACAGCAUUCGCAGCGACAGGCGCCUCCUCUGCCAACCGGUUUGUCAGCAUCGGACCCCGGGACGGCAACUUUCUGAACAUCCCACAACAGUCUCAGUCUUGGUUCCUCUGAUAAGAUCGCUAAAAAGAAACAACAAAAUGUAAAGAAGAGGUUCCUCAAAAGGGGGAGGAGAAGAAAUUUUGACACAUGGAAAAAUCCCCCAACCCAGCCCAGUCCAGUCCAGUCCAGUCCCACCGAAACAAACAGCAAAACAUCAAACAUCAGAGUCUUCAGCCAUCCAGCCAGCCCUCCCUCCUCCAGCCCAGGACCCCCCCCGCAGCCCCCGAAGCACCCCAGUCCUCGGAGAACCCCCCGGGGAAGGGGUCUCGGUUGGAGCUGUACCGCGGCUGCCACGCAGACAGAAACGUGCGCACGGACUCUGCCCGCGGGACACCAGACAGCGAGGCCGUCCAGGGCGCACGGGCACCCCGCGAGCAGCAGCGGGGCGCGGCCCCCCAUCCUACCCCCAGGCCUCC